GCAGCAGGGAACAUUCGUUUGUCGAUGGCGUAUCGGACUGCAUUCGUUUCGAUUCUUGUUUUCUUGAGGCAAUGAAUAUGGUCUGAUUUCUAACCUCAUUGAAAUCCAUAAUAUUUUGGUGUUUAAAAAAUACGUGUGUUGUAAAAGUAUCAUCGUUUGUGACCUGUAAAACUAAAUAAAGCAAGAUGACUUCAUCGGAGGUUUCUUACAAUCGCAAAAUAAUAACGGAAGAUUUGUCGAAUGUCGAGUUUGAUACCAGUGAAGAUGUGGAAGUUAUACCAACUUUCGAUUCAAUGGGCUUACGAGAUGAGUUGCUACGAGGAAUCUACACCUAUGGUUUCGAGAAGCCGUCUGCAAUUCAGCAAAGAAGUAUAUUGCCAAUCGUGAAAGGAAGAGAUGUGAUAGCCCAAGCUCAGUCUGGUACAGGCAAAACAGCCACAUUCUCAAUUUCCAUUCUGCAAUCCCUGGACACGACUUUACGUGAAACCCAAGUCCUGGUGUUGUCGCCAACUCGGGAGUUGGCUACUCAGAUCCAAAAAGUGAUACUUGCUUUGGGUGACUUCAUGAAUGUUCAGUGUCACGCUUGUAUCGGAGGCACGAAUCUUGGAGAAGAUAUCAGAAAGCUGGACUAUGGACAGCAUGUUGUCUCAGGAACACCAGGACGAGUUUUUGAUAUGAUUCGCCGACGCGUACUAAGAACCCGUUCGAUCAAGAUGCUGGUCCUUGAUGAAGCUGACGAGAUGUUGAACAAGGGGUUCAAAGAGCAGAUCUAUGAUGUAUACCGCUAUUUGCCACCUGCAACUCAAGUAGUUCUUAUUUCUGCCACAUUGCCCCAUGAAAUUUUGGAAAUGACCUCGAAGUUCAUGACAGAUCCUAUCAGAAUCCUGGUCAAACGUGAUGAGUUGACACUAGAAGGAAUCAAGCAAUUCUUCGUAGCAGUAGAACGUGAGGAAUGGAAGUUUGACACCCUCUGUGAUCUUUAUGAUACCUUAACAAUCACUCAGGCAGUGAUCUUCUGCAACACAAAGAGAAAGGUGGACUGGCUCACACAAAAGAUGCAGGAAGCUAACUUCACAGUCAGCUCAAUGCACGGAGACAUGCCUCAAAAAGAAAGAGAUAACAUUAUGAAGGAGUUCCGUUCUGGUCAAAGCCGUGUACUCAUCACAACUGAUGUUUGGGCGCGAGGUAUCGAUGUGCAACAAGUGUCCCUAGUCAUCAACUACGAUUUGCCAAACAACCGUGAGCUGUACAUCCACAGGAUCGGCAGAUCAGGACGAUUUGGACGCAAAGGUGUGGCCAUCAACUUUGUCAAAUCUGAUGAUAUCAGGAUUCUUAGAGAUAUUGAACAGUACUACUCCACUCAAAUUGAUGAGAUGCCAAUGAAUGUGGCUGAUUUAAUAUAAAUAUAUAAACAUUACUCUAUUGCCUACCAUCUUUUGUAACCCAGUCUUCUGGUUGGACGCACCAUGGUGAAGGAUUUAACAGCACCCAACUCACCUUUGUAAGCUAUUUAGAUGUAUUUCGAUAUAAUGUCUUAAUAAAAAUUUAAAGUAACAUUAA